GAACACGUGUGACAUGUUUCUGUGUAGUUAACCUUAGUUUUGAAAAACGCUUUCAUAUUUGUCUAUGAAUUUUUAUCGAUUUAAUCAUGACAAAAAAAGAUUUAAAACGUAAACGAACUGCAGAUAUUAAUAAAGAAAAUGUUCCAGAAGAGGAAGUUCUACCGGCAAAAAGAAUGUCAGAUGAUCCAAUACCAAAAAAGGUACAAUGGAUUAAUAGACAACGAGUAUUAGUUUUUUGUACUAGGGGAAUUAGUUAUAGACAUCGUCAUCUUAUGGAUGACUUAAAAACUCUCAUGCCUCAUCAUCGCGUAGAAUCUAAAAUGGAACGUACUAAAAACCUGCAAGUAGUUAAUGAAAUGUGUGAAAUGAAAAAUUGCAACAAAACAAUAUUAUUUGAAGGCAGAAGAAAAAAGGAUCUAUAUAUGUGGUUUUCUAAUAUUCCUACAGGACCCUGUGCAAAAUUUCUUGUUGAAAAUAUUUAUACAAUGGGAGAAUUAAAAAUGACUGGUAAUUGUUUAAGGGGUUCUCGUCCUUUACUAUCAUUUGAUGAGAAUUUUAACACAAAGCCACACUACAGUCUUUUAAAAGAAUUAUUGGUUCAAAUUUUUGGUGUUCCCUACCAUCAUCCAAAAAGUCAACCAUUCUUUGAUCAUAUAUAUACAUUCAGUGUAUUAGAUAAUAGAAUAUGGUUUAGAAACUUCCAAAUCUUGACAGAAGAUGGUGGCUUAGCUGAAAUAGGUCCAAGAUUUGUAUUGAAUCCAAUAAAAAUAUUUGCUGAAAGCUUUGGUGGAGAAGUACUUUGGGAUAAUCCAGCUUAUAUUUCCCCUGCCAAGCUUCGAGGAUCCUUAAAAAAUACUGCUGCAGGAAAAUACAUAAAUAAGGUGGAACAGAAAAUAGCACAGGAAGUUAAUAAACCAAAAGAAUCAUAUUCAUUGAAUCCUCUGGAUGAAAUAUUUAAAGGUGAUCCAUUAGAAAAAGCAUUAGAAUUAAAAGAAAAAGAAGUAGAAGUACCACAAACAAUUGACAGUAAGAAAAAAAAACUGAAG